AUGGUGGUUUCUCUGCAAUUUCGACUUGUUUUACUAUUCUUAUUUUGUAGUAUUUGCUUUGGAGAAGAACGCGAUAUAUACUUGGUGAUGGUUGAAGGCGAUCCACCAGUUGCGUUUUUACAGGAGCUUGAUCUUGAUCCUGAUCAUUCGAGUGAAAUAUUAAAGGCUCGUCAUGCAAAGCACUUGGAAGAGUUCCAUGAUGAACUUCUACAAAACACUUUAGAAGAAGGGGCUUACAACAAGCUUUAUAGCUUCAACCACAUUGUCAAUGGCUUUUCUGUCCAUACUACCCCUACUCAGGCCAAUAAGUUAAAGAAAGCACCUGGAGUCAAGCUCAUAGAGAAAGAUAGAGGUGCUAAAAUGAUGACAAACCAUAGCCCCAAGUGGUUAGGCCUGCCGCAAGGAGUUUGGCGAGGAUGGAGAGGAAAGAGGAAUGCAGGCGAAGGUAUUGUGAUCGGUUUUGUUGACACAGGGAUCAAUCCAUCUCACCCAAGCUUUGCAUAUAACCCGAGGGAUGGCUACCUCAAAAACCACACUAGCUUUCCAAGCGUUUGUCAAGAGGGACCUAUGUUCCCCGGGACUUCAUGCAACGGGAAGAUAAUUUCGGCUAGGUUCUUUUCAGCCGGGGCAAAAGCGAGAGGCAAUCUUAACGCUUCGGUUGACAUCUUGUCCCCGUACGACGCAGUUGGACAUGGCAGUCAUGUAGCAUCAACUGCUGCUGGAAACCAUGGAGUUCCAGUGAUUGUUAACGGUUUUAACUAUGGAAGAGCGAGUGGGAUGGCGCCACGUGCACGAAUUGCUGUUUAUAAAGCCAUAUAUCCAACUGUUGGAACCUCAACUGAUGUUCUUGCAGCCAUUGAUCAAGCAAUAAAAGAUGGAGUUGAUAUCUUAACACUCUCCAUAGGUCCAGAUGAACCAUCAAACCAAAAACUCACAAUGUUAAGCAUGUUCGACAUCUUCAUGUUGUUCGCACGCAAGGCCGGGGUUUUAGUGGUUCAAGCAGCUGGGAACCGUGGUCCAGAGCCAUACACGACUGCCUCAUACAGCCCGUGGGCUGUAGGUGUGGCUGCGUGUGACACCGAUAGAACCUACCCCGGUUCUCUUUUUCUCGGAAAUGGCAAGAGAAUCGAUGGCAUCGGGUUAUCGGCACCUAGCUACGGUAAAUGGUUAGGCCAAUCUAAGUUAGUGUUGGCUAAAGAUGCAAUGUUGGCCACUGGUAAUUUCCCAAGAACUCAAGAAUUUAUCGAAGAAUGUCAACAUCCGGAGGCGCUAGACCCCGUUAUCGUGCAACAAAGCAUCGUUAUAUGCACGUUUUCAGCGGGGUUUGCCAACGGGUCUGCGUCUCUACCCGUGAUUAUGAACACCGCUAGGACCCUCGGGUUUGCGGGUUUCGUGUUCGUUGCUAAUCAUGCUUAUGGCGACUUCAUAGCGGAUUCUUAUCCGUUUUAUAUUCCGGGGAUAAUGAUACCGAAAGUUAGUGAUGCGCAGGUUAUACUAGACUACUAUGAGAAACAAACAGAAAGAAACAAUGACGGCGUUGUAACGGUGUUCCAUGCGCGAGCAACAAUAGGAGAAGGAAGAGUUGCUAGCUAUAAUGAGAAAGCUCCGAUCGUCAGCAGAUUUUCUUCGAGAGGACCGAACUUCAUCAAUGUCGAGAAAACCCCACUCGAUUUGCUGAAGCCGGAUAUUCUAGCUCCUGGCCACAAUAUCUGGGCCGCUUGGAGCCCGAUGAGCGUGAAACAUCCUAUUCUGUCGGGUUAUAACUUUGGAUUGAUAUCCGGUACAAGCAUGGCGGCACCGCAUAUUGCCGGGAUUGCUGCGUUGAUCAAGCAACGGUAUCCUUCUUGGUCGCCGUCAAUGAUAUCUUCCGCAUUGGCAACUACAGCUACCAUAUACGAUAACCGUGGGGAACCGAUAAUGGCCCAGGGACAAGAAAUCUACACAUUGCAUCCGUCUACGCAUUUCGAUCAUGGUGCGGGUCUUGUUAGACCCACCCGAGCUAUCGAUCCCGGGCUCGUUUUUACGUCAGAAUUCGAAGACUACAUGAGUUUCUUGUGCUCGUUACCAAACACCGAUCCGGAGCUCAUCAAGACCGCAAUCGGUGAAACAUGUGCACACUCGUUUCAUGAGCCGUCGGACCUAAACACCCCUUCACUGACCAUUUCAGCGCUCACUGGAUCACGGAUAGUAAAGAGGACUGUCAAGAGCGUCGUUGCCUACGCAAUGGAGAUGUACAUCUGUACGGUGGUGCCGCCUACGGGAGUGGCUGUGGAAGUGAACCCACCAUGGUUCACCAUAGUUCCACAGGGCACACAAGAUUUGGAGGUGACACUUAAGGUUACACAAGUACAAGAUUCAUUUAAACAUGGUGAGAUUGUAUUGACAGGAAAUUUGAGACAUGUUGUGAGGAUACCCAUCACUGUGAAACCUGUUUCUGUGUCCUAA